UUUGAAUUCCCGCUCAAACCGAUGGAAGAGGAAGAGGAUCGACCACUUAUGCUCGAUUUCUUGGUGAUUUUGUAAUUCAACAUUGGCUGCGCUUCAAUCAGUGUUCAUUGAUGACGACGCGAUCAUGCUCUUUUCAUUCUGUGCACACAGCUGAUUCAUGAAUAAAUCCAUAAAUAUAUAUACAUCAUCAUCACGGACAACGAUUGACGUCUACACAAGUUUUUUUUUCCAUCUGACGCUGAAUGAUCGAUCAUAUCUGACGUUUACUGCCCCGUUUACCUAAUUAAAAUAAAAUUCAAAAAAUCAAAAUUCGUGAUCGUCAGUUUUGUGACUUACGUAAUUACGGGUAUCAAUGAAUUCACGAAAACGUUAAAUUUGGAAAAUUUAGUGACGUUGUUGAAACGAACUAACGAAAUGCCGGGAGAACCAUCGUUAUCGGGUGGAAAUAAAACAAGUGGAAAAUCUACCAAAAGAAUUUCUAUACCGAGAGUUCAAAGUGGUACUGAUAGCGAAUUACAGUCACAAAUGAGCCAAAGUGGCUCGACACCCUUGCAACCCAUGGCCAUGCAUUAUAUGAGCUUUAGAUCGGACAUUGAUGACAGUCCGAUACCACCGGCCGUUCACUCCCGGUUGGUUGAUCUUUUUCAACAAAUCCAGAAGGAAUUUGAGAUCCUUUGCUUGGAGAAUAUUGGACUGCGAGAAAAAAUUGAAGCUCAAAAUGAAAGAUCAGAAAGAGAAUGCUAUGGCUCGGGAGAACGCAGCUUACCACCCGGAGAUCUCGUUGAUUAUGAUACAAAAAAUCCUCUAAAACCAAAAGUAUCUAGCGCAGGAUCGGUACAAAAGGUCAAAGCAUCACACAAAUUGAAAGCUCAGACAAGUAAAAUAGUGUCGAGCUUUAAAAAUCCAACGAUGAGUUGCAGCAUGCAGAGGCAAUACACAGGGCACAGAGACGGUGUUUGGGAAGUUUCUGUGGGUCGCUCUGGUCAGCCGAUAAUAGCAACAGCUUCUGCUGAUCACACGGCUCGUGUUUGGGGCACGGAAAGCGGUCGUUGCUUGUUGCAAUACAUCGGGCACAGUGGUUCCGUCAAUUCGGUACGUUUUCAUCCAACCAGAGAUCUCGCGUUGACAGCGAGUGGCGAUGGUUCAGCUCACGUUUGGCAAGCAUCGGUCAAUUGGGAUAUUCCGAAGCGUCAGUCUUCUUCAGAAGAUUUGUCAAAUCCCGACAGGACCCCGACAAACGCUUUGUGCAGUGGUGACGAAUUUGAGGAAGCUCCAACCUUGAGAACUCCCGUACGAGAACUAAUAGGUCACAGCGGUGUCGUCGUGUCUGCCGAUUGGCUUCCCGGUGCUGAACAACUGGUCACUGCUUCAUGGGACCGAACUGCCAAUUUAUACGAUGCUGAAACUGGCGAAGUUAUACACACCCUAUGCGGUCAUGAUCAAGAAUUAACCCACGUAUCAACUCAUCACGCUCAACGACUUUGCGUCACUUCUAGUCGGGACAGUACAUUUCGCCUCUGGGACUUCAGAGAACCCAUACAUCAUUCGGUUUCCGUUUUUCAAGGACAUACCGAGGCAGUUACUUCGGCGGUAUUCACCCGCGAGGAUAAAAUAGUAUCGGCCUCGGACGACAGAAGCGUCAAGGUCUGGGAAUUGCGAAAUAUCCGUAGUCCUCUCGCAACAAUUAGAGGAGACAGCGCAGCCAACAGAUUGGCUGUUUCUAGCAGCGGCGUCGUAGCUAUACCUCAUGAUAAUAGACAGAUACGACUUUUCGAUUUAAGCGGCCAGAGACUGGCGAGGUUACCACGGACGAGUAGACAGGGUCACCGUAGAAUGGUGUGUUCGGUUGCAUGGACGGAGGAGGGAGGGCCGUGCAAUUUGUUCUCAUGUGGUUUCGACAGACUUGUCCUUGGUUGGAGUAUACUUCCGGUUAAGGAUGCUUAAUGGAAUAGAUUA